AGCACUUUGGUUCAGAGCCUCUGAAGGCGCUGAGGUUGAAGUUGGCUGCGGUUUAAACACACUCCUACAACUCUCUGUGUGUGUUUCUUUCCUUUUGCAUGGACUUGACACCAAACCGCCAUGGGAGCACGCCAGCUGUGGCUGUCCUGUCAAUGGAUUUUUAAAGUUUCUCAAGUGUGAGGGGAGGAAAGGGACAGAUAUUCCUGGAAGUCGCCUAACUAGACCUCAGAUCGGAGGUCUUCAGGGAGGUUUUAAAGAUGGCAAAUUCAGGAACAACUCUCCUCACUCUAGCAGCAGUCCUCCUGCACUUGGUGAGAUAUCAGGGGAGUAUGGGAAAAGGAAUAGAUAGCUCACCUCUGAGGUUUACACACCAUCUUUACAACACCAGCAUCAAUGAGAACUCUGCCCCGCGGACGUACGUUGAGACACCAGUGAAAAUGGGCACUGAAGUGACAGAUCUGCUCUGGGACAUCAAAUAUGAUGUAGUCUCAGGUGAUGAGGAUGGACUUUUCCAAGCAGAGGCAGUCAGAGUUGGGGAUUUCUGCUUUCUCAGGAUCAAAACACGCAGCGGUAACUCAGCUCUCCUUAACAGGGAGGUCAGAGACACUUACACUCUCACUGUGGAGGCAACUGAAAGCACUUCUAAUUUCCAGGCUAAGACAAAGGUGUUUAUUCAGGUACUUGACACCAACGACCUAAAGCCUCUCUUUUAUCCUGCCUCAUACAAUGUGGCCAUCAGGGAAGACGCACCACUUCAGUCAAGUGUGGUCAGGGUUAGCGCUACAGAUGCUGACACUGGGAGCAAUGCUAAGUUUUAUUACUCUUUCACCAGCAGAGCCCAUCCUUUUGUUGUCGACCCCUUCUCAGGCACAGUCUAUCUUGUCAAGAGGCUCAAUCACACCCGCUCGAAGACAUACGACCUUACUGUUUUAGCAGAGGACAGAACAAAGAAGAUAUCUGGUGUGCAGAAAUUUGGUAAUGUUGCCAGAGUCACUGUAAACAUACAAAAGACAUCUGCAAGAUCUCCAGUUAUCUUAUCUCCACCCAAACCGACAGUCUCUACAGAUGGCAAAAUAACCAUCAGUGUCCACGUGGAGGCAGGGGUUAAGCCUGUGGAAUCCCUUAGUAUUGUUGGAGGGGAUCCCCACAAGUCUUUUGAGAUUAUCCCCUUAGGUGUUCAGGGCAGUGACUUCCAGGUGAUCUCUACAAAAAGGAUUAUUUGGUCUCAAACUCCUGCUGGGCUGAAUUUGUCUCUCCAAGCUAAAGACAGGAGCUUCCCGAGUUUGCUUUCUCCAGUUAUACAAACCCAUGUUCCGGCACAUCACUACAGCCCGCUUGCAUUUUUGGAAGACACCUACACUGUCACUCUGAGUGAGUUUUCACCCCCUAAAACUCAUGUAAUUAAUGUUUCUGUGACCUCGGUUCCCUAUAAUGUUACCUUUAGUAUCAAAAAUAAUCCACACAGCUCUAAUUUCAGGAUUAAUCCCCAAACUGGGAUUAUCAUAACCACAGAGAGAUUUGACUAUGAGAAAAAAGAUCGAUACGAGUUUGAUGUAGUGGCUAAUCAUGGUGAAGCUGAGACUCACUUAGUGGUUAAAAUAAUGGAUGAAAAUGACAACAGCCCACAGUUCACACGCACCUCCUAUCAGGCUACACUGGAUGAAAACACCCCUGUUGGCAGCAGUGUUUUGAAAGUAGCAGCCACAGAUGCAGAUAAAGGCAAAAAUGGAUUUGUGACUUAUUCUAUUGCAAAUUCAGGCCCCCUGCCUUUCACAAUAGACCCAUUCACAGGUGUCAUCUCAACCUCUGAGCACCUGGACUAUGAGCUGAUGAAACGGCGCUACCACCUGAGAGUGUGGGCUUCUGACAGCGGCAGCCCCUUCAGCCAAGUCAGCGAAUGCCCUGUGACAAUAACCCUGAACAACAUCAAUGAUAACAUCCCUUUGUUUGAGAGAGUGGGCUGCAAUGCCACCGUACCUCUAGACUUACCCGUGGGGCGCACAGUCGCUGAGCUGUCAGCCAUUGAUGUAGAUGAGCUGCAGCAGCUGAGGUAUGUCAUCCAGUCUGGGAACGAACUCCAGGUUUUUGGAAUUAACUUGUUGUCGGGAGCAGUCACCCUUAAGCAACCGAUUCCGCUGCGAGCAGGUUCGUUCACUUUGAGAGUUGUAGCUACAGAUGGCAAACAUCAUUCUGAAGCCUCUGUCGUCAGGAUAACUGUCACUAACAGAGGUGACGAGGCAACACUCCACUGCCAGGAAACGGGCAUUUACAAACAGCUGACCGAUAAACUAAUAGAGUCAAUCAAACCAAGUUUAACUGGUCAAGAGGAAGACAUGUUCUCCGACAUUCACAUCACCAACCGACAUUCCCCCAGAUUUGACCAGAGCAUUCCUGGAUCGAUUGACCUCAGAGAGGACCAUCCACUGAAUUCAGCUAUUGUUCAGUUCAAGGCGAAGGACAAUGACAGUGGGUUUAAUAGUAAACUGGUGUACACCAUAUCAGGUGGGAAUGAGGGUGGUUGUUUCUCCAUUGACACUUUCUCUGGCAGCCUUCAGUUAGUUUGCCCAUUAGACAGGGAGAGCAAGGAGUUCUACAUUUUAAACAUCACUGUUUAUGAUUUGGGAACACCACAAACAUCUGCAUGGAAGUUCCUCGCAGUGAAUGUCAUAGAUGUCAAUGACAAUGCUCCGGUUUUUGAUCAGCCUAGGUACGUGAUACGUGUACCUGAAAACACAGAGGUGGACUCUGUUGUUUUCACAGCUCGUGCAUUUGAUCCGGACACAGAUAUGAGCGGUAAUGUCCAUUACUCCCUGCUGACGUCUACUGACAUGUUCAGAAUUGACGAGCUGACCGGUGAGGUGGCUGUGACGGACCGUUUAGAUCGAGAAACCUCACCCAAGUACAACCUCUGGAUUGAAGCAAGAGACCAGGCCAAACCCGGCCCUCAGUUGUUCUCCACGGUUGAACUUGUGGUGGUUUUACAGGACACAAAUGACAAUCCACCCAAAUUUGUGCCCAAGGUUUACAAAAUAAAAGUCCCAGAGGAUGUUCCUGUGGGUACUCUCCUUGUCUGGGUGGAGAGUGUCGACUUAGAUCUGGGCAGCGGGGCCUUCGUCACCUACAACCUUCAGAACACAGAGAGUGGGAUCUUCCACCUCGACUCCUCCACGGGUGCCUUGACCCUUGAAAGAGAGCUAGACUUUGAGAGGCGGCCAUCUUACAACCUCACAGUCCGAGCUGUUGAUCAUGGCCUCCCUCGCUCCCUCUCAUCCUCUUGCUUUGUAGAGAUUCAGGUUCUAGAUGUCAACGAGAACAUCCACAGGCCUGUGUUCACAGAGUUUGUGUAUGAAGCCAGCGUGCUGGAGGAUGCAGCAGUGGGGACAUCUGUGGUGAUGCUUACAGCUUCAGACAAGGAUCUGGGUAGAGAUGGAGUCGUCAGGUACCACAUCCAUGAAGGCUCUGGUCUAGGAGUGUUCACCAUCGACGAGGAAACUGGUGUGAUUAGAACAACGGAGACGCUGGACCGUGAGACGAUGCCUCACUACUGGCUUUCUGUCUACGCCACUGAUCUGGGGACGGAGCCUCUGAUCUCCUGGACUCACAUCUUUCUGGAGGUCCUGGAUGUUAAUGAUAAUGCUCCAGAACUUUCCCAGCCGGUAUAUUUUGCAUCUGUCCAAGAGAAUGUGGACAAGGUCAAAUCCAUCUUCAAGGUUUCAGCCAAAGAUGUGGACACGUCCUCUGAGGGGAAACUUUCCUUCCAGAUGCCUGAAUCUCAUCGGACGUAUUUUGACAUUGAUCCCACAACAGGUGUUAUCAGCACUCUCUCAGCUCUGGAUCGGGAGGAUAAACCAGAGCACGCUGUCGAGGUAAUCGUUUCAGAUAAUGGAUCUCCAUCUUUGUGCUCCACUGCCACCGUUGUGAUCCGAGUUGGGGAUGACAAUGACAACAGUCCAAAGUUCCCCGACAAAGUUUUCCACAUCAAGCUGCCUGAGCAGCACCACCAGGCGGGUAAACAGGAGGCCUGUAGGAUGGUCGCCCGUGAUGAUGAUGAAGGCUCAAAUGCUGUCGUGACCUACAGUUUGCAAGAUAACAAGGAUGAGCAUUUUGAGAUUGACUCCGUGACGGGUGAGCUGACAGCUCGGGGUGAUUUCCUGCCCGGGAACUACACCAUCCUCACAAUUAAAGCCACAGACCACGGCAGCCCGUCACGCUCGUCCACAGCCAGACUCCACAUCGAGUGGAUCGCCCUCCCCCCACCCUCCACUGAGCCAAUCACGUUUGACGAGCCCCACUUCACCUUUGCCGUCAUGGAAACGGAGCCUGUCACUCACAUGGUGGGCAUCAUCAUGACGGAAACGCAGCAGCUGAGGUGGUUCGAUAUCGUAGGUGGUGAUGAGGAAAAGGAUUUUGGCAUCCAAAGAAACACAGGAACCAUCUUGAUUGCCCGCCAGCUCAAUGCUGCUCGCCACUCCAACUACAACCUGACAGUGCGGGUCACCGACGGUCACCACAGUGCCACCACGCAGGCCUACAUCCGUGUGCUGGACAUGAACGAGCAUCGCCCUGUCUUCCUGAAGCCGCUGUACGAGGUGAGAGUUCCUGAGGAUACCUCCCCCUGGAAGGACAUUCUGCAAAUCAGUGCUCAGGAUGCCGACACCAACAGUAAACUGGUGUACUCCAUCCACAGCAGUCUCCACCCAGACAGCACCAAGUUCUUCCAUCUGGACCCAAAGAGCGGAGUCCUGGUGAUGAUGGAGGAGCUUGACUAUGAGAUGAUCUCUGUUCACACGCUCAUCAUAAUGGUGCGUGACCAGGAGAUCCCAGUAAAGAGGAACUUUGCAAAGGUGGUGGUUCACGUGGAGGAUUGUAAUGACCACUCGCCGGCCUUCCUCAGCCCCCGCUAUGAGGCCAGCAUCUCCAACCUGGCCUCUACCGGCUCUGAGGUCAUCCAGGUCAAGGCUUUGGACAAGGACAUGGGCAGCAAUGCUGAAAUCAGCUACUCUCUGCACUCUGGAAACAUCAACAGCAUCUUCUCUAUAGAUCCAGAGCAAGGCUCUAUCAGUGUGUCCAAACCUCUGGACCUUCAGCCUCAGGACCAGUUCUUCCUGAUUGUGAAGGCCACUGAUCAGGGUUUUCCUCAGCGCAGCGACCUCUCCUCUGUUCAUAUCCACAUUGUCAUAUCCGACCAAACCCCACCUGCCUUCCUUUCAGACGAAUACUUAACAGAGAUCAGUGAAUUGAUCAGCGUUGGAAUGCCAGUGGUCACUGUCUCAGCUUCCAGCCCAGCUGCAGUUCAUUAUGGAAUAGAGAGUGGCAACCCAAAUGGGACAUUCAGUAUCAACCCAUACACUGGAUUGAUUUCAACCCAAAAGCAGCUUGAUUUUGAGAACUGUGCCUCUUACAAGCUCAAAGUUAUAGCCUCCACCACAGCUGGAGCCCUGUCCAGGGCUGUCGUUUUUAUCUAUGUGAUUGACGAGAAUGACAAUGCUCCUGUGUUUCAGCAGACCGAGUACUUUGGGCAAAUAAGUGAGUCAGCUCAUAUAAACAGCAUGGUGAUGGGAGAAAGAAACACCCCUCUGGUCAUCCAGGCUUCAGAUGUAGACAGAGAUGCCAAUUCUCUGUUGGUGUUUGAGAUCCUUGAUCCAGAGGCCCUGAAGAUCUUCAAGAUAGACUCUAGUAUGGGCACCAUCUCUUUAAUCUCACCAGUUGACUUUGAAGCUAAGGCUGAGUAUCACUUCAACGUGCAGGUAAAGGACUCGGGGGAGCCAUCACUGUAUGCAGCAGAGCCUGCCAAGGUCACUGUUCGUAUCCUGGACAUGAAUGACUGCCCGCCACGCUUCACCACUCCAGCAUAUGAGCCGUCUAUCAUUUUCCCGGUUGUCAGAGAUGCAGAGGUUGUGCGUGUCAUGGCCCAUGACCCUGACUCAACAGUCUCAUACAGCAUAACAGAGGGGAAUCUUCACAAUACCUUUUCAAUUCACCCCAGUACCGGAGUCAUCAUUGUGAGCAAUGCGUCUGACUUUAGGCCAUUUUACCAAUUGGUUGUCAAAGCUUCAGACGACCUCUAUCAAGACUCAGCUACUGUUAGGGUAAAUGUAGCAAACCUAACAGCAAGCGAUCUUGGAUUUGAGCAGAAAAUGUAUUCAGCAAGUGUUACAGAAAAUCUAAGGACAGUCAAAACUUUGGCGGCAGUAAAAGCUACAGGUUGUUUUUUAAACGAGCCUCUUUUAUAUUCUGUGGUAAACCCAAAGGGGAGGUUUGCAAUUUCCCAAACAUCAGGCGUACUUGAAACAACAGGUGUCCCUUUUGACCGAGAGGAGCGAGAUGUUUAUGAUGUAGUGGUGAAGGUACAAGACAUGAGAACACCUCCUAGAACAGCUACAACCCAAGUCAAGGUUUUUAUAGAUGAUGUCAAUGACAACUCUCCGCAGUUUCUAAACCUGCCUUUUUCAAUGAUGAUAUCUGAAGACUCUGAGCCAGGAGAUGUUUUGUAUCAAGUAACUGCCAUCGACAGAGAUUUAGGAGAAAAUGGAUCCAUCAUGUACUCAGUAGAGGAAGACUACAACCUCUUCAGGAUUGAUCCUGAAGUAGGCGAUGUCUCUCUUCAGAGGCCCCUUGACUUUGAAGCCCUGAAUAAAUAUGUACUGACAGUCUUGGCUACAGAUGAAGGUGAACCCAGUCACAGCACUGUAGCACAGCUCAGCAUUCAAGUGAGAAAUCGAACCAACCCAAUUUUCCAGACUCUACUCUAUCCACUGAAAGUUCCUGAAAACGUCCCCUCAUUCACCACCAUCUUGCACGUCCAGGCCAGAAAUCCCGAAGGAUACCGACUGAUUUACAACCUUGAAGAGGAAAAUGCCUCGAAACACUUUCAUAUUGAUUUCAAAACUGGUGUGUUGACAGUCACCAGUCCCCUCGACUAUGAGAGCCAAACCAUGCAUGUGUUGACAGUUCGAGCUACUGAUUCUGUAACUGGAGCUUUCUCAGAGGCAUCAAUUGAAGUAGAAGUGGAGGAUGUGAAUGACAAUGCGCCGGUUUUUUCAAAGCUGAUGUACAGUGUGAACAUUACUGAGGGGCUCUCAAUUGGCACCUCAGUGAUACAAGUCUCAGCGUCUGAUAGGGACUAUGGCAGAAAUAAAGAGUUGACCUUCAAGAUAGUGAAAACAGACCUGGAUGAGCCGGAUUUCUUUGAGAUUGACCCUCAGAGCGGGCUUAUUGUCACAAAACAAGUGCUGGACCAUGAAAACAAAAGGCACUUUAAUUUGAAAAUCAAAGCCACCGACAAUGGCACUGUCCCUCUUAGUAGUGAAGCCUAUGUUGUCAUAAAUGUCACCGAUGUCAAUGACAACCCACCAGAUUUUGUCAGCUCCCAGUAUGCAGCCACACUAGAUGAAACGGCAAAGUGUGGCCACAUAGUCAUCAAAAUCCAAGCUUCAGAUCCAGACACUGGCGACCUGAAUAAUCUCAAGUACAAAAUCCUCUCAGGGAACAAAGGCCGCUACUUCAACAUCAACGAAUCCUCAGGGAUCAUUUCCUUUUCCAAUGUUUGUAAGAGAAAUCUUGAUCCUUACUAUAACUUGACAGUGGCAGUGUCUGAUGGGGUGUUUCAGAAAACAGCACCAGUCAGUAUAGACAUGCUCAGCAGCAACAGGCAUAGCCCAUACUUCAAACAGAGCAUUUAUGAAGCAGAGCUGGCUGAAAAUGCUGAAGCAGGAACACGUGUGAUCCGACUAGCGGCCAUUGACCCUGAUGAUGGCCCAUAUGGCAGCGUUGACUACACUAUCAUCAACAAACUCGCAGAGGAGACUUUUACCAUCAGCGGGGACGGGCAGAUUGUUACAACACAACCGCUGGACAGAGAAAACCCCUCCCAGAGAGUCAUAGCCAUAAAAGUGAUGGCAAAAGAUGGAGGCGGAAGAGUGGGUUUUUGCACGGUCAAGAUUAUUCUCACAGAUGAGAAUGACAACGUACCUCAGUUCAAAGCAUCAGAGUACCAGGUUUCAAUUCAGUCAACAGUAAAUAAAGGCUCCCCUGUCAUUCAAAUCAUGGCUUAUGAUGCCGACAGUGGCAAAAAUGCAGACAUCACCUACACUGUAGACGAAGCCAAGGAGGUGUCAGAAGACAUUAUCGAGAUCAACCCUUUCACUGGAGUUGUAAGUGUCAAAGAGAGUCUUGUCGGCAUGGAGAACAAAAUCUUCAAUUUCAAAGUCAAAGCUCGCGAUGGCAGCCUUCCCUUCUACAACUCCACAGUCCCUGUUCAGGUCAAAGUAAUUCCCCCUGAGGUACCACUUCCAAAGUUUUCAGAGCCUCUUUAUACCUUCACAGCAGCUGAGGACAUCCCAGUAGGGACAGAGAUCGGCUCUGUGAGGGCAGACUCUGACAUGCCCCUUAUUUACAGUCUGGUGAACGGGAACACAGUCAAAAGCAACAAAGACAGAGUGUUCAGCUUGGACAAAGAAAGCGGGACUUUACUGCUGCAGAAGACCAUUGACCAUGAAAAGACCAAGUGGUACCAAAUAGAUGUGAUCGCCCAGGGGAACCACAACGGGACGGAUGUGGCAUCACUGGUGACUGUCAGCAUCCAGGUCCAAGAUGUAAACGAUAACCAGCCAGUGUUUGAUGCAAGCCCCUACAGAGCCUUCCUGGCUGAGAACAUGCCUGCUGGAACCACUGUUAUCCAGGUGACCGCUAAUGACCCCGACACAGACAGCAACGGUCUUGUGACCUACAGCUUGGAGUUGCUACCUGAGGACAACACAACUGACGUCACCGAGGUGUUCUCCAUCGACGCUGAGAGCGGCUGGAUCACCACCAUGCGGGAGACAGACUGUGAGGUGACCAGGAUCUACAGGUUCAGCGUGGUUGCCACUGACCACGGCAGCAACAUCAAGCUGUCAUCCAGCGUCCUGGUGGAGGUGACGGUGACAGAUGAGAACGACAACCCGCCAAAGUUCUCUGAAGACGUGUACCACGGCUCGGUGGUGGAGAACAGCAUUUCGGUUGAAGUCAUCAUCUCCAUGACGACCACAGAUGCUGAUGUGUCACUGGAAAACCGUCUCGUGACGUGUUACAUCACAGAUGGGGACCCAUUGGGCCAGUUUGCCAUCAUCCAGGAGGACGAGGGCAAGUGGGGUUUGAUUGUGAAGGAACCUCUGGACCGAGAGGCUAAAGACAGAUACAUGCUCAGAGUCAUCGCCACUGACGGGAGGUUUGAGGCUCCAGUCACUUUGGAUGUCCACGUACUGGACAUCAAUGACAACACUCCACUGUGUGAACAGCUGGUGUACACAGAGGUGGUGAUGGAAAACUCGCCCUCCAGCGUGUUUGUGCUGAAGGUUUCUGCUUCAGACCCAGACAUGGGAGCUAACGGCCAGAUCUCCUACACCUUGCACGGUCCCAAUGCAGACAAGUUCCAUCUCGAUUCCAGAACAGGGGAGCUGUUCACUUUGGCUGUGUUGGAUCGUGAGAAGGAGGUCGAGUGCAACCUGGUGGUGAAGGCGACGGAUGGCGGAGGACGGUCUUGUCAUGCAGACAUCCUGCUGAUGAUCCAGGACAUGAACGACAACCCGCCUCGCUUCUCCUCCAGCCACUACGAGGUCACUGUGUUUGAUAACACAACGGUUAAAACGCCCAUUGCUGUCCUAUACGCCAAAGACCCAGAUGCUGGUAUAAAUUCUGAGGUGAAGUACUCCCUCCUGGCAGGUGACAGUGGGUACUUCUCUCUGGACGAGUUUUCAGGGAUCCUGCGGCUAGAACGGCCUCUGACCCCCGAUGCCCCGCCCACCAUCAAGCUGAAGAUAAAAGCAACUGACCGCGGCUUGCCUUAUCACCUAUACUCUGUUGCCACGGUGACUGUGGACGUGGUCUCCCUGGAUGACUACCAGCCUGUCUUCCUGAGCUCAGAGUAUACUGCCCAAAUCCCAGAAUCCUUAGCAGUCGGGUCAGAGGUGCUGAGCAUGUCUGCUCUCACCAGAGAUGGAGGGCCAAAUCUGGUUGUGUACCGCAUCAUGUCCGGAAAUCAGGAUGGGCGGUUCCUGCUUGACUCGAGGACAGGCCUUCUGAACCUCAUUGCGCCACUGGAUUUUGAAGUUUCCCGGGAGUACUACCUGUCUGUGGAGGGGAGUCGCGGCAAGUCGUCCCUCAGCGACAUCACCACGGUUAUCAUCAAUGUGACUGAUGUGAACGACAAUACGCCGGUGUUUGGACGAGGCGACUACAGCGCUGACAUAUCAGAGGAUCUGAUGCCCGGAAGCCUGGUGAUGAAGGUCACAGCUACUGAUCAGGAUGGUCCAAUCAAUAAUCUGCUGCGAUACUCCAUAGUGAGCGGAGACCCUCUACAGCAGUUCUUUAUUCAUCCUCGCAGUGGAGAAAUCACUGUCCAGACUGUGCUGGACAGAGAGGAGAUUCCUCACUACUCUCUGACAGUGCAGGCGGCCGAUGAAGGCGAUCCUCCUCUGUCAUCGGCCGUUCUCAUCACCAUCACCGUUGCUGAUGUGAAUGAUAACCCGCCCGUGUUCUCUGAGGUCAACCACAGUCUGCUGCUGCAGGAGGCCGAGUCGGUCGGCAGCACCAUCCUCCAGCUCGUGGUGACAGACAAAGACACGCCCAAGAAUGGCCCGCCUUUCUCCUUCCACAUCGUCAGCGGCAACGAGGAUCACCGUUUCCAUGUCGACCAAGGCGGCCUGCUGUCACUCUCUGCUCCACUCAGGAAGAAGGUCACUCCCCACCAUCAGCUCAAGAUUCAGGUGACAGACAGUGGCCACCCUCCCCUCUCCUCCAUCUGUGUGGUCAACAUCAACGUCACUGAGCAGAGCAAGUACCCUCCCUCUGUUGUGCCUCUGGAGGUCUUCAUCACUACAUCUGGAGGGUUGUUUGCCAACCGGGUCAUCGGCAAACUCCACGCCUCAGACCAGGACCUGCAGGACACCCUGACCUAUAAGCUGGUGUCAGAAAUCCCAGACGGAGGAAGGUUUUCUGUCGACCAGGCUGAUGGUAAGAUCUGGGCAGAGGAGAACCUGGAGGAGGGCUCUUACUUGCUCAAUGUCAGUGUGACUGAUGGGAAGUUCAACAUCUGGACCGGGGUCAAAGUUCAUGUGUGGGCAGCCGACCAGAGAGCACUGGACUCUGGCCUGACCCUGCAGCUGGUUGGGUUAUCACCGGAGGAGUUUCUGGGCGAUCACUGGAGAGGCCUCCAGCGCAGCCUGGGACAGGCUCUGGGUUUGCCCAGACAAGAGCUUCACCUGGCCAGCCUGCAGCAGCAACAGGACGCCCAGGUCCUGGACGCCCUGCUCAUCUGGAGGCCUCAGACCGGACUUGUCCGCUCUAUACCAACCAGCAGACUUGCAGGUAUUAUAUCAGACCUCGAGGACUCUUUGGGCCUGAGCAUCCUGAGGGUGAGCCACAACGGAUGUCUGGGUAGCGGCUGUCCGCCCCGAGGCUGCAGGAACGCCGUCCGACUGAGUGCAGAGAGACUGGCCCAUUUCACCACCGCCAGAGCUGCUUACAUCACCCCCCAGCACACCUGGGAGAGCGUCUGCCCCUGUAACGAAUCCGCCGUGAGGUUCGAUGGCAAGUCCUACCUGAAGUACCUUCACAGGAUGGACGAGGACAACCAGGACUUCAAACUGUCACUGUGGUUCAAGACCUUGCAGAAGCAGGGCCUCCUCAUGUCCACCAGCAGCACCAACGACUGGGGAGCGUUACAGCUGAUCAGUGGAGGGCUACAGUUCAGCUACAGCUGUGGAAACACCUCCCCUGGUUCCUUACUCAUCAGAUCUGACUCCGUAUCAGACGGCCAGUGGCACAAAGUCCUGCUGGAGGUCAACUCCACUGCCCUGAGACUGACCCUGGAUCAACAGCACCCGGCCUCAACCACCCUGACCGAGCCGUGCCGGAUGAUGCACUCCCACGGUGCUUUGUUCUUUGCUUCUCUCAACCAGGACUCUGCUCCAGAGGCUUUUGGCAGCCUGCAUAAUUUCACCGGCUGCCUAGAGGGCCUGGAGCUCAGUGGGGAGCCCAUCGCAGUGGGUGAUGCAACGGAGUGGACCAGGCCUGGGAGCAGGAGGGUGUUUGGAGAGUACCAGUGCUGCAGCAGGGCAGGAGCCUGCCACAACAACCCCUGUCUGAACAGCGGGGUGUGUGAGGAGGACGCUGCCGGAGAGCCGCGCUGCACAUGCACAGGACUCUUCCACGGCGCCCGCUGCGAACUGGCCGAGAAGGCCGACAACCCGUGUGCCUCCCAGCCAUGUGCCCCGGGCAGGGUGUGUGUGCCCAAGGCUCAAGGAUUCAUGUGCAACUGCUCGCUGGACACUGAAGCAGGGUGCCACAGUCGGACAGAUGACUGUUCACCCAAUCCCUGCUCUGAAGGCUUGGACUGUAAAGUCAUUGACGGCUCCAUCCACUGUGACCCGCUGCCUCAGAAGGUACCUCCGAUCGGCUACGUGGAGAUCAUGGAGAUCGCUGCCAGCAUGCUUGGAUUACUCUUCUUGGUCGGCAUCUUCGUUUGCGUCAGGAAACGUUACAUUCAGCAAAAGAAGAAAAGGCCAGUCUGUGUCCAGGACUCAAACGGCUAUUCACAGCCCAGUGCGGCCAAGGGCCUGAAAGCCAACAACCGUGAAGCCAUGCCCAUAGAGAUGAGCUCUCUGGGCAGUCUGACCAACGACCUUGACCACACGCCGUUCAGGUCACUUCGCCCACGCAGCCAGAUCACUUUGUCAGGAGGCGGGGUUUGCUCUCCAAAGACACAGGGGCCAGUUGUGUGCAGCGUGGCCCCCAACCCCCCUCCCAGGCCGCCAUCCACCUCCGACAGCGGCUCCAUCAGGAAGAACCACUGGGACAUGAACUAUGAAGUCUACCCAGCAGACCCUGACUAUUAUGGCCGCCCAACUGUCCAUGAGUUCCCCCAAUUUGACAUUGUAGAGGACACCUACUCCACCUCCACCAUGGACUCGCGGAGGAACUCUCGAUUCGGUGGCUUCCCAUUCCCACUGGAUCGCUCCGACCGCCGUGCACCCCUGCCACCAUGCUAUAGCAACCAGAACCUGGAUGACUUCCUGGGUCCUGACGGGCUUCCUCUUCCCAGCUCUCAGUGUCCCAACGAGUACACCGCCAUCAGCUACUACCCCACCAAGCAAACCCGCAGCCUCGACAACGUCUCCGGCUACAAGAGACUCAGUAUGCGCCUAAGCGUGGCCAUGCCAUCUUACGCAGAGCAGGUCAGCACGCUGCCAGAGCCAAACCCUGGCCAGCCGCAAACACAACCAGCAGGGCAGAACCCACGCAGCUACGAUGGGUCAAGUAUGGUGGAGAGUGAUUACGGGAGCUGUGAUGAGGUGAUGUUUUAAGACCAACUUUUGACUUCAUCUUGUUGCGGGAAUGUGCAUCCAUUCAGUAAUUAUUUAUAGUUUUAGUUUCAGUUGGAAACCUAAACAAUGCAAGUACAUGCCACCUAUCUACUGUUCCUCCAUUGUAAGGCAGCUUUGUGUGCAAGUGCACAUCUCAGACUGGACUGUUUGAAACUACUGAACAGUCUCUCACUGUAAGAUCUGAGUCAUCUCUUCACCCUGGUAGAGAGGAAAGCACCGUGUGAAGCAGUAGCUCAGGUGUCUUUCAUUCCUUUGACUUUCAAAGCUGUGUAGUCUCGCUGUGCCAGACUAAAGGACUCAUUGGGUUC